AUGGCACAAAGUCAUACUCCAACAGAGCGCGGCGAAAAGAUUGACUCGGAUGAAGUCGAGCAAAUCGAGCAAGUCGACCAGUCAGAACAGCAUCUCGCUCGUCUAGCCAACCACGAGGAUCAUACCCUCGGCAAACUCGACGCGCUCAGAAAAUAUCCGAGAAGCAUCGCGUGGUGUAUCUAUGGUGCCUGGUGCCUGGUACUCGCAAGCUUUGAGAACCUUGCAGGCGGCCAAGUCAUCGGGAUCCCCCAGUUUCGAAAAGACUUUGGUCACCCAUACGCUGGCGAUUAUGUCCUGGAAAGCAGUUGGCAGAGCGCCAUCAACGGUGCACCCGUUGCGGCCGUUGCAGUUGGCACCCUAGGCGCUGCGUACUUGGCCGACAAGAUUGGGCGGAAAUACAUGCUUCUCAUCGGACUCGCCAUUGGUUAUGCGGGGAUUACGUUGGAAAUUACUGCAACAUCACUCCAGGUGUUUUUCAUCGGAAAGUUCAUCAAUGGGUUUGCAAUCGGGACAUAUUCGUCCGUUGCAGUCUCUUAUGUUGGCGAGAUCGCACCACUUGCCCUCCGCGGCGUCAUGACAGCCCUUUGUGCCUUCGCAUUCACAUUUGGUCCAUUGAUUGGAGCCCUUAUCAUGAACUACACGUCCAGCUCAGAUACCCGGUGGGCUUACCGCGCCCUGUUCAGUUCCCAGUAUGGAUUUGCCGGCAUCGCAACCAUCAUUUGGCCAUUUAUGCCGGAAUCACCCUGGUGGCUCCUCAGUUCGAAUCGAGAAACCGCAGCAAAGAAGGCUCUGAGGUCCCUCGGUCUCCCCGCUGACGAGAUCCCCAAGCGAGUUGCAGAUAUCAAAAACACGCUCGCCCAGAUCCAAGAAGAAAGCGCAGGCGUCACCUACCUCGAAUGUUUCCGGCUCAGCAACUUCCGCCGGACAAUCAUUUCCAUCGCCCCCAUGUGCAUUGUCGGCCUGAACGGCGUUUACUUCAUCGGUAGUUACUUCACAUACUACGUGCAGUUGGCCGGCUUUACCGCCAGGGAAUCCUUCCAGCUCCAAAUCGCGCAGCAGGUCCUAAGCAUGGCCGGCAAUAUAAUGUCAUGGUUUGUUAUUGACCGUGUUGGUCGCCGCGACCUUACAUUCUGGGGCCUCGUCGUUCUCACUAUCGUCCUCAUCAUCGUUGGCGGACUGGGUACCCGAACUGAGGUGGCAACGACCAAGGGCGUGAUCGCUCUCGAAAUGCUCUACGUGUGGUGGUAUAACCUCACGAUUGGCGCUACGGCGUACACUCUACUUGCGGAAACCGCAGCAGCCCGACUGCGGGUCAAGUCUGUGGCGAUUGGUGUUGCGCUGCAGAACGUCCUCUUCACAAUGUGGGCGUUUGUUAUCCCGUUUGUCUUCAACCCUGACAAGGCGAAUCUGGGGGCUAAGACGGCGUUUAUCUUCGGGGGUAUCUCAGUCUUCUGUAUUCUCUAUGUGUGGGUGUAUCAGCCUGAAACGGCGGGGCGAACCUACGCCGAACUAGAUGAGAUGUUCAUGAAGGGCGUGCCGGCGAGAAAGUUCAAGACGUACCGAACGGAUAUUGAAAUCCAAGGUGAGGCUGUGCUGCAGGGAAAGAAACUAGAGACUUGA